CUACGCUACAGACACCGUGCGCUUGGGAUCAUCGCAUUUUACAUUCCCAUACUUGUUGUGCCAUGGGUACUAACAUGUAUACUCGCCUACCACCCAGUGGGCCUGCCGUCGUACAUCCAAACUGAAUUCACAGAAAGCAACAUUACAACACAGCGACGCAUUGUAAAUGCCCUUGCAGUACUCAACUCUUUCGCCAGCAUUGUCACGAUCCCCCUCAUCUCGGCGUUGAUCGCACAAGCUGCAGUCGUCUAUACGCAAAGGCGGCGGAAGAACCAGACGGUCAGUGUAUCCCAGGUUUUUGCGCUAGCAGACCGUGGAUGGUCGAACAUCAACAUCCUCUACGAAGCCUGGCCACCAUGGAGGAGUAAUAGGACGACGAAUGGUGACCAAGCCCGACGCAUUGGACCUGGUAGUGGGUUCCUAUGGCUUGCUGCAUUGUUCCUUUUACUCUGCGGUAUCCAGCAGCCUAUCCGAGAGGGUUUUGUCUCUACAGGGCAAAUCUUGGUCAUGGCCACAGAAGACAAUCCUGUGGGUUCGCAGAAUGGGCCCUUUCGCGGAGGAAGAUAUACACUCUUAGGGGUGGACCCCGAGCCAGACGACAUGUCCACCAUACCUGAAGGUGUAAUUGUGCAGCAACUCGAGAAUUCACUGGCUUCUCUCUCCUUCAGUGAGGUUCCCACGAAUCUUUGGCCCGAUCUACAGGAUGCGGCUCCUUUUAAGCUGCGCAAUGUGCCUCAGUUGAAGCAGUUGGGUCCUUGGGCACAGCCGGGCCUGGGUUUCUUCGUUGCUGCUUUUCCUAAUGGUACAACAACUGGUAUUCUCCGAAACCGCGCAAUGCGAUUUAACUCGACGAUUCGAUGUAUUGAGAUUAGGCAAUCUUCGUUUCCCGCCACUUGCACGGGUGGGAGUCCCUUUACUUCUGAUUUUACCUCCUCUGGUCAAUUCGGAGCGAAAAUUUGCGUCCCAGGUCAGCGUGGAAAGUUUCCAUGGCAGCUCUCUCGCAAUAGGCAGGAUAUUGUAGAAGAUAUUUUUGUGGAUGUC